UUUACAUGGUCUCAGGUUUUGCUUUUUUUGUUUUCUUUUUUUUAGCCAGCGUAGGAGCACCGUAUCGAAUUGCGAUCUUCGGUCGAAGAGCUCUUCGAUAAAUUCUUCAUCUAGCUGGAACCACUUACAAUGGGGAACACCUUUUCGUGAUCGCAUGUUUGCGGCACGUGAAAUAGUGUCCAAAUUAUAGGUCAGGGUGUAUAAUUCGACGAAGCGUCGAGCUGGGUCGCGGUUUGAGAAAAAAAAAAAAGAAAGAAAGGGGGAAAAAGUAAUACAAAAAAAAUAAUAAAAAAGCCAUUUCUUCGAGCAGACCAGUUAAGGGUAAUAUACCACCUUCGUUUUGUAUGUUUUUGUUCACCUUUAUCAUGUCUCUGAUCUUUAACCAGGCUUUUACACAAAUUCAAAUUUCCCGCUCAAUCAUAUCGAUACUUCUCACAGAAUCGAUAUCUUCUACGCUGAAGUCGAAGGACUCGGUAAAGUCGCGUCGUAUUCUAGUCACUGUAUAGGAUUCUUGAUCGAUCGAUUUCUCUCAAUGGGGUUAAUGGAUCGAACGUUGAUCAGUUUUUCUUAAAGUUUCACCGUUCACACUGCUCGCUGUACACUGGAGGAAUGCGGGUAUAGAUACACAAGCACAUUAACACUAGAUUUACCAGACCAGUCAUUUUGACUUGUCGUGUAAAUUCAAUUCAAAAUUCCUACUACAUAUAUCAUUUGAUUUCGGCAAUGAUGUUAUGACUUUUGUAGCUAUAAGUAGAGAAUACAUUUUAUAAACUUAACGUUAUUUUAUAUACAUUAGUAACAAAUAUAAUUUUUGUUAUUGACAUUUAUACCAGUACCAGUCAAAAUGAAUAAAUAGAUGGUAAAUCUAGUGUUAAGGAGGAAGAAGUCAGCUAGAAGCCAAGAGAGGUUAUGAUACGUGUAUAACCAGUUAAUGGGCCACUGGGCCAGCACGCUGUCCACAAUCCGACACCACGGGGCAACGAUUGGUCAUUGUACGCGUGUCUCGUAUAGAUCCUCCUCGACACCCUGUUCCUCUGGAUCACGGAUCCCUUCACGCCUGAUUUAUCCCCGGGAUUCCGAGCUGAUUUUAUACGUCAAGGAAGACAGCCUACUAGGAAUAACUACAGUGGAAUAAAAUUAUUCUACUGCUAUGGUACACGCGGUUAUGCAACAGUUGGAUGGACUACGUCACAACGGGAAUACGUAUUUAACAUUAUCUCAACUUGCUCGCGCCGCUCUUUCGCCAGUCCAACCAAUGGCUAAACGUUUCGCGGAUUCGACGCGUGUCUUGGUCUACUUCAUGGGGAUGCAAUGGACCUGAUGUGCAUCCGGGGAUGCGUCGACAGACUCCACCUACCGCUCCACUGGGAGACUAUAAAUUCUCCAGCUCUCCCACUUUUACCGCUAUCACUCGCGUUGCGGCAGCCUGCGAGUCCGCACGCCCGAAACAGGCUCCCCACGUUCUCUCUUAUGUUCUGUAUUUUAUUGCCGCUUUGCUCCGUUUUAUUUUACUACGUUAACACGCUCGGCUACGCUCCGAUCGAUCCCUCGUACGACACCCGCGAACCGGUUACCGUCUGCCACGCGAAGAAAUACCUAGUGUCUUACUCGUGUUUUACGUGAAAUACGCGAAACAGACGCCGGCAAUUAUCCGCAAAUACAUUCGGGCCGAUACGAAUAUGUACACUUUAAAUUUAUUGUGUAAAUUGGUGCUCGUGUCUUCAUGGUAACUAUGUGAAGAUCGAUCGAGUCAUUCUUUUUUUUUUUAAUUAAACAUUUCGUGCUUUUAUGUGAAUCCGAUUGAAAUGUUUAUAUAUAAUAUGUUACUGGAACGUAUUUACAUAAUUGGAUUAGGAGAUUGUGUAUGAUGGUACGACUUAGUAGAUAAGCAGUGACAUUUCUUUAUGAUUAAUGAUUCUGUGCACUUUAACUUGAUUGAUGUUAAUCAGAUUAAUUUGGAUUUAAAGGUAUCGAAUAAUUGACAGUAGGCUUAUACCAGGCUUUGUAUCAGAGUCCUUUCAUUAUUUAAACUUGCCGCCUUUUCUGCUUACGGGUACCACUGUGUUAUCAGCGUAAUUACGAUCGCUUAAUUUUCAUGAUCUAAUUCAAUUUUAUAUAAAAAAUCAUUAUUGAAUCUGUCAAAGUCACGAGUAUCUCUAUCUCUCGUACGAAGGCAUCGACUGCCGGUAAACCACGUGUCAUCCUUACGUAAUAACGGAAUGACUUAUCAUAUGUAUAAAAUCAUUGUAAAUUCGCACAUGAGAAUCGAGAAACACUCCGCGAGUCACGACUGACUUUUUUUUUUAUUAAGAUAGCCUGACCAAGCAGAUGAGAAAUCUAUUUUAAAAAGAUAAUAUAAUCAUUAAUCACAAACAGUAUAUAGAUCUGUUAAAACAAUAUAAUCACUACUAUAAACUCGUUUAUCACGAUUCUCAUGAAAAUUGUAAAUCUUGAGAUGAAUUAAAAUAGAUCACUACCGAUCUUAUCUGUAUGGAUCAAUCGCAGCAUCCAAAGUGCAUCGCGCUUAUACAUAUUAUACACGGUCAAUCAAAUCCUCCCUAUAAAGUCAUCGAGCUAGUCAAUACGAAUGGGACUUCCGUUUGACCACCGUUUAAGCCAGGAUGAUUUGAUCCAAUCGCAACUCAUCUAACGGUCAGGGGGGAGAUUCGAUCUCGUAUUUAGAAUCGAACAAUAAUGAAGGCCUCGUGGAAAAGCUCACAAAGAGUGCCGCCCAUAUGAUGCAGCACGUAAGAAAAUCUAUAAGAUUUUCAUCCGGAGAAUAUCUUCAGGAUGCAAGUGGUACCUGCACCAUAAGUCCUGCCGAUUCCGAACGAAUCGAUUGGUUUAUCGGUAAGGGAAAAAGAAAAGAGUAAUAACAAUGGUACAGUCGAGCGAAGAGACGAAAAACUAAUUGAAGCCAUAAGAAGUGGGCCUUACGUAUUUGUUCUCGCAUAAAUUCAUAAGGGGACCCAUGGCUCGUUCGAAACGCUUUUUAAAUAAGAUUACCGUUGGUUGCAUUCGGUACCUUUGGUCUUGUAUCUAUGGGACACCAUAAACGAGUAACACUCGGUUAACGCGCUACUUCCCUAAGCGCUUCGGCCGCGGUCCGUGUACGCGCAUAGGUGCGUGCAUAAAUAUUUAUGUGACACGUUGUACCGAGCGAGGACCCCGAAAGAGGCCCCAAGCUAAUUAAAUGCAGAACUGCCGCGGAGCGAAUGAAAAAUUCGUGAUUUUCGUCAAAAUCUCUCAAAUUUAUUUAAUAUAUUUUUAUAGAAACUAAUUUUUAUUCGUAAGGCUACCUCGUCCGCGGUACCAGGAGAUUCAUGGAUAUCCUACGAAAUCUGCUGAAUUCCAUCCGCAAUCUGAUCCAAUUUUCUAUGGCGUCGUUCGUGUCGGUGAAUCGACGUGGAAUAUGUAUAUCGACGCGGGACGUCGCGACGUUCAAUGUCGGAUGGAUCCUCGUCCUGAUUCUCAUCUCGAUUUUUGGUACUGUCGCAGCAUCCCGUAUACCAGACAAGUAUCCGAUAGAAGUCUACCACAUGCUGCAAGAGAAAACGCAACUCAGUUAUGGUCGUGAUAAUCGUAUUAAAGGAAGCUGGGGUCCAUGGAGCUCUUGGAGCGAAUGCUCGAGAUCCUGUGGCACUGGGAUCCAAUCGCAGGCACGGGAAUGCCUGCCUAUGCGGUAAGUCAUCGAGAGAGUCAUCGAUUACGAAUGAUUUUAAUGCGGCCUGUGUCAGCUCCUUAAGGAAGAGGAGUACAGUUCAUCAUGAAAAUACAAUGCAUGCCAAACCUAUGUGCAUUGGGACCUAUAAGCGUUAUCAUGUCUGCAAUACUCAGGAUUGUCCAAACUAUCCAGAUGAUUUUCGUGCGGAACAAUGCGCUAAAUACAAUGGACGCAUUUACAAAGGACAGAAUUAUCUCUGGAUGCCGUUUCCGGACGCGCCGAACACAUGUGCCCUCAAUUGUCGCGCUAUUGGCGAACGAUUUUACGCUACAUUAGAACCAGUUGUUAUCGAUGGGACACCGUGCAAUGCUCCUUAUCGUCAUGGACAACGACCUGGACUAUCCUCAGAGAGCGGCGAACGCUGGCUAUGCGUAGCUGGACAGUGUAAGUCAGUGGGCUGCGACGGAGUCGUCGGUUCUGGCGUAAAAGUCGACGCCUGUGGCGUCUGCGGUGGCGAAGGCAGAGGCUGUAGACUCUUCGAGGGCAUUUUUAUGGAGCCCAUACUUCCAAGAGGACACCAGCCCGUAACAACCAUACCGAAAGGCGCCAUGUCCUUGAAUAUAUCUGAGUUACGACACACGGCCAAUUUUCUAGCUUUGAGAGAUCUGAAUGGCAGUUACAUGCUAAAUGGACCGUGGUCUCUCAGUCCUAGUGGUAGCUACAAAAUUAGUGGUACCAUGUUUUCAUAUCAAAGGGGCGAUGGUACCAGAAUGGAGAACAUUUUUGCUACUGGUCCCUUGGCGGAACCAUUGGAACUCGAGAUCUUUUAUCAAGAAUAUAAUCCAGGAAUUAUUUACAAGUAUGUGGUACCAUUGAAUGAGACUGCGGAUAACAAUGCAAUGAUAGCGCCACCACUUCUUGCCCCAGGGCCAAACGAUCCCAGUAACGAGAUUCCUGAUUCGAGUAACCGUGCCAUGCCAGCUCCAAUACCAAGAAUAUUCGGUCACGAGUCGCAUUCCUCUGUCCCGAAUUCGAAUUACAGCCAGAAGGAAUCUCGAGAGAGAAAACGGAAGGAAGAAAUGCGACAUCCGCCGACAACUAUAAUGGCUGGUGAUCAGCCUAAUGUGACUGAGACUGGUGGGAAAAAGAAGAAAAAAUUCUCAUGGCAAGUCGUUGGUUUGUCGACGUGCUCUAAAACUUGUGGUGGAGGUGUGCAAAACGCAAUUUUUAAAUGCAUUCGAGAGAAAAAUCGUAUGGUCGCUAAUGAGAGGAGAUGUCGCAAUAUUCAGAAGCCGCCAGUUCCACCUCCAUUGAAAUGCAAUGAUCGACCAUGUCCGGCUAGAUGGAAAGCAAGUGCUUGGAGCGAGUGUUCAGUAAGCUGCGGCGUUGGGAUACAAACUCGUCAACUGGAAUGCGUUCAGGAAUUAAAUUCGAAAUUAACGAUGCGCGUCGCAGCUGGUGCCUGUGCACAGCCACCCGAUUUAAGGACUACGCAAACCUGCAGACGAGCGGCAUGUUCUAAUUCAAAUCCAGAAUUAAAACAAAUGACUGUACAACAUGACAGACCCAGGUGGGACGUCGGCACGUGGGGUCCUUGCUCCGCUACUUGCGGUCGUGGCUUUAAAAGACGUACUGUUACUUGCAUAACUUCAAAUGAUCCUUGUUCAUUCUCCACCAAACCGGAAGUUGAGAAACAUUGUGAAAGUGCUCCUUGCCAUACCAAUUCUAAAGGACAUGCUCCUUGGCUAUUUUCCGAAUGGUCACAAGAAUGCUCUGCGGAGUGUGGAUCUGGCGUUCGAAAAAGGCAAGUGGCUUGUGCUGACGGAAGUGAACUUUUUUGUAAUCCGAAUGAUAAACCUGUUAUGGAGGAAAGCUGCUUAGGAAAUAAUACUAAUUGUGACAAACCAGUUUGGUAUACUGGUCCAUGGUCCUCCUGUACCGUAUCCUGCGGUUCGGGAAUGCAAUAUCGUCGUACCUUGUGCAUUGCCAAGAUGGACAAUAAUUUUCAAGUAUUACCAGAAGUCAAUUGUAACUCUUUCGAUAAUAAACCCACAACUGAACAAACAUGUCGAAUGCCAGCAUGUUCUGCAAAAUGGUUCACAUCGCACUGGUCCAAGUGUUCACAAACAUGUGGUACCGGAGUGCAGGAACGUCUAGUGCGUUGCAUCUACGAAGGCGUAACCGCUUCCGGGUGUUCAGAAGUAGAUGAACCAAUUGGAAAACGCGUGUGCAAUACGGACCCUUGUAUUAAAAAAGAUGAAAUCCCCGUGGAUGAGCUAUCAAAAAUGCCUAAGGACAAACCUAACGACCAUUGUAUUGACAAAUACCCCAACUGCAAUUUAGUGGUAAAAGUUGGAUUAUGCAGAAUCAAGUAUUACAAGCACUCGUGUUGUGGAUGUCGUGAUUAGCUCUUCUCGAGAAUCAUUUCUCAUGAGACUCUGAGGGUUCAUGAUGGAAUCCAACUGUCGAGAUUGCUGGACCACGUAGAGAAUAAGGUACGCAUGUACUUGCGACUUAUGGAGGCGUUAAGAGAAGUACAGUAUAAAAGGUUGUUGUACGGUGACUAUUCUCGAAAGUGUAGUAAUGCGAUGCUGCAACGACGCUAUUCUGUUUGGGCGUUACGCCGUGUCGAAUCAUUUAGAAAGUCAAUUCUCAUUGAGCGGAUCAGAUCGCAAUACAUUAGAACGUGAUGUUUCAAAAAUUUAGCCCAACUCGUUGAUAAGCCGAUCUUUGUUUCCCGCUAUCGCGCCUGAUGGGACGUGCGGAAAGAAAUGGUCCCACGAUUCGAAUCGGCCUCAUGACAAAAUGAAACUCAAGGCGCACGGCCAAAGACAGCUUUGCCUUUAUUACUCACUUUAUUACUGCCAGGACCAUUUGCGCGCUGUGGAGAGGCUCUUAGGUACUUGUAUUGUAGAAAAAUAAAAUGCUCUUCCACGUGCGCGUGGUGUAUACGUUAUAUUAUUAUAUCAAUAAUAGUCAAAUAUGAUUGUAAGCAUAGGAUAUGAAAAAUUGCAUUACAAUCUUUCCUGUGUAAACGGAGAUAUUAUAUUACGAGUGAUUCACACCUGUAUUGUUCCACAUACUUACGCUGGACUGCCUAUACUUAAUUGUGUUUUUAUAUGUGAACUUCAUAUAAUUUGAAUUGAAAUCUG